GUUUUAAUUUGUGCUGUUAGAUGUAAAGUUUUAAACACAUGGAAUAAGAAGAUGUUUGAGCAUCCUGUUCUUCUUUUCUAAAGUUGUAAAAUAAAACAAACACUUCCACUAAAUGACAGUGAGCGGUACGCCAGCCCUCAUCCUGGACCUCAGCAGACACUUAGAGAAGCACAAAACAUCAGAACAAACGUGUCUUUGUGAUCAGCGGUGAGGGGCCCCAGGCUGCUCUGGGAUCAGUGAGCUGCAGCAGAAACAGUUCGCCCUAUAUUAAGAUUUCCACUCAAAAAUCCCAUUUCCACAAACGAGGAUGAUUAAUUUUUAAUGCACCAAAAACAUUCAAUGUAGAUCAUUAACUCUAUCUGUCAGAUGUUUCUUCAAAGUCUCGUCGCCAUAAUCUGUUUGAUCAUUUGAACAAGCCGUGUUGCAUUUUCUAAAUGACUUUUGCUUCACUCUGGUUAACCGUCCAGUAAAAAAGAAUAAAUUACCAGGAAAGAAGAUGAAUUUAGCAGUGGUGUUGCCCCCUCUAGAGGAGUCAAUAGGUUAUCUCCUCAGGCGGAGAGGAGUGUGGAGGUGUCUGUGGGGGGUGGAGACCUCUGAGAGUCACAAACGGAGCAGGAGAUAGCCGAAGAGAAGGGAUGUCAUUAUUAAGAGGGGAGGACGGGCAGAGAAAGGAGAAGAGACAAGGGAGAGGGAUUAGGAGGCCAAAUUGUAGCUGCUUUUCAUCUCCUGAAACUUCACACCCCGUAGGACUCUUCAUGUGGAAGGGACCUGUUGCAGAUGGAAAAUAGGACCUGCCUGGUUUCUGUGUUGGCACACACAUAGAGACUUACUGAACGACUAGAGAACAUCUGUGUUCAUCCGAAACACAUGAUGGGAGGCAUUCGCUUUAGUAUUUUACUCCUUUUUUUCUUCUGCUCUUCUGUGCGAUCCCAGUGGUUGAGUUGGUUCUGGGCGAGCCCUAAAAGCACCACCAUACCUCCACCUGCCACCUCUACAACCAUCAACUCUGUGGACCCUUCUAUCUCUCAGGGAACAGCACCCCAGUGGGUGGGAAAAGAAGACCGGGUAACAGGGGGACACGUGGAGGACACUCAGAUGAGCCCGACUCCACACAGCUCCAGGGUUUUAGUGGAACCUGGGGUGUUUGCUCCAGGGGACAACUCAGGUGGAGGGAACUCAAACAGGUCCAGAAACAAAGCUCUGAAACCAUGGGAGAGUGAGAGAGAUUCCACAAAUGUUCUGGACCUGCUGGAAUUAAUUGGGGACCCUUUUCCUCCCUCCGUCUCACUCAUUCCUGCCAGUCAGGGUCGUAGUGCCUACAACUUUGGACCUAAAGCCAACAUCGGCCGACGAACUGUUUCCUUUGUGCCAGGACCAUUUUACCGGGACUUUGCCAUCAUUGUAAUGGUGCGUCCAGCCAGCAAGAGAGGAGGCGUGCUCUUUGCCUUCACAGAUCCUCCUCAGAAGGUGGUGCAGCUGGGUUUGGCCCUGACUCCGGUCCGCACGGGCAUCCAGAGUAUCGUGUUGUACUACACUGACAAAGAGGAGGCUACCCACAGCCUCAAAGCCGUUUCUUUUAGUGUCCCAGACAUGACCGCUCAGUGGACACGGUUCACAUUGGUGGUGGAACAUGACGAGGCCCGGCUCUUCAUGGACUGUGAAGAGAGCGAGCGGCUCACGUUCAGUCGGAGUCCAGAGAAACUCACCUUCUUAAACGAAUCUGGCAUAUUUAUAGCAAACGCAGGGAACACAGGGCUUGAAGAGUUUGUGGGCGAUAUUCAACAGCUGGAAAUAACAGAUGAUCUUAGAGUAUUCGACAGACAAUGUGAAGACAACCAUCCUUUUGCCUCAGGGUACGGGAGCGGCAGCGAUGCUCUAAAUGACAGAGAGACGGAGGAAGUUAUGAUGAAGAAGGAACAGGGUAGAAAACAGAUGGGGGAAGGAAGAGUUCCUGACAGAGCUCCGCCCACUGAGGCUCCAGAGGCGGAGCUUGAUGAGUAUUCAGGUCACAUUACUUUAACAGCAUCCAAUGAGAAAAACCCAUUAAAAGAACCACGUCUGACGGAGGAGCCAGGAGAAAGAGCUCUUGGUCAGACCAGGCCCAGCUUAAAAGGAGAGCGUGGAGAUCCGGGACCAUCAGGUCCACCUGGUCCCCCUGGGCCCCAUUAUGUACUCAACAAGAAGCUUGGAACACCAGGACCACCAGGACCACCAGGAACUCCUGGAUCCCCAGGACAAUCAGGGAGAGAUGGACUUAAGGGAAGUAAAGGAGAACAAGGAGACAUGGGUCCGAGAGGUCCUCAGGGGUUUCCAGGUCUAGUUGGAAAUGCUGGAGUCAAAGGAGAAAAGGGAGAUUCGGGAAUUGGUUUAUCAGGCCCACCUGGCCUCCCAGGUCCCCCCGGACUCCCAGGACUCUCUGGACCACCCAGAUCCCGCAGUGUACCUUAUGGACCAGACGCUCUAGGAUCUGGGUUUGAAGAUCUGGACGUUGGUGUUGAUGUAAUCAUGGGCCCUCCUGGUCCACCAGGGCCUCCAGGACCUCCUGGGCCCUGUGCCCCUCAUUUGUCUUCAGCACUGAUUCCUGGUCACUCUGAAUCAUUUAGCCCACCUGGUAAAGAUGGACCUCCAGGCCAACCAGGAAAACCAGGCCCUGCUGGGACGAUUGGUAUUCCAGGUCCACCUGGACCCCUCGGAGAGAAGGGUGAUCAAGGGGUGCCUGGACCACCUGGACCAAAGGGUGAAGGUGGAUCUGUGGGCUCUUCAGGAGCUCCUGGACCCCAAGGGCCAAUCGGUCCUCAAGGAAAAGUGGGUCCUAUAGGUCCGCCAGGACCUCCAGGUCCCCCUGGACCUCAAGGAACUAAGGUCUUUGUAGAGGAUCUGGAGGGAUCUGGAAAGAGUGACAUGUUUAUAAAUGUUGGCAGAGGCACACAGGGCCCUCCUGGCCUACCUGGACCACCGGGUGAAAGUGGAUCUCCUGGACCACCAGGGCUGUCUGUUAAGGGUGAACCAGGACAGCCAGGGCCAGAGGGUCCCAGGGGGCUUGCCGGAAUGCCAGGCAUCAGGGGGCAGAAAGGAGAGAAAGGCAGUCUGGGGACCAAGGGUGACCGGGGUGCUGAUGGAGUCAAUAUCACAGGACCACCUGGGCCUCCUGGACCUCCUGGACCUGGUGUCAACAUUGAAGAUCUGCUUUUGAAUAUGACAACAGGCCUCUUCAACUUCACAGAGAUCAGAGGUCCACCCGGUCCUAGGGGCCCUGACGGUUUACCUGGCAGAGCUGGAUUUCCUGGCCCAAGGGGACAAAAGGGAGACAGAGGCCUUCAAGGAAUCCAGGGGCCAGCAGGGAUCAGGGGAGAAAAGGGAGAACCCGGGGUUACUAUUGCUGCUGAUGGAUCCCUUCUGUCUAUACCGAGAGGCCGUCAGGGGCCCAAAGGCCCUAAGGGUGGCCGUGGUUUUCGAGGUAUUGAUGGACCUAUGGGACCAAUGGGACCUCCUGGUCAAAAGGGUGAAUAUGGUUUUCCUGGGCGCCCUGGGCGACCUGGUAUACCUGGAAAAAAGGGCGACAGAGGAGAAUCUGUCGGCCUGCCGGGACCUCCAGGACCUCCAGGGCCUCCAGGUCCCCCAGGUCUUCCAGGAAAGAUUCCUAGACUCGGUGAAACGGUGUUCCCGGUGCGCCCAAGACCGCACUACAAACGGGGACGAGAAGCCCUGGGAAAAUCGAUGGGAAUUAAAGGAGACAAAGGGGAUGAAGGGAUGCCUGGAGAGCCAGGAACACCUGUCCCUGGUUUUCCUGACGGCUUUAUGGGAGCUAAAGGUAAUCUGGGAUCUAAAGGUGAGAAAGGAGAAAUGGGUGAGCCAGGCCAGCCUGGUCCACCAGGACUCCCAGGAAGAUCUGGACUAGUGGGUCCAAAAGGUGAGUCCAUUGUAGGUCCUCCAGGUCCAGUAGGUUCUCCUGGUCUGUCUGGUGUUCCUGGGUUGGGACAACCUGGACCUCAAGGGCCCCCUGGGCCAGCUGGACCCCCAGGACCAGUACUUGCAUAUGAGUCAGGUGUCAGUAUCCCUGGUCCUCCAGGUCCUCCUGGUCCACCUGGAUCUCCAGGUUAUGCCAACCCGGUGAUGACCUUUAGGACAGUCCAAGCUCUGACCAGACAGAUGCAGCACGCUGUUGAGGGGACCUUGGCGUAUUUGUCAGAGGCAGAUGGAGAGCUGUACAUCAAAGUUCAAAAUGGCUGGAAAAAGAUCCCGCUUAGCAAACUGAUCCAGUUGGAACCUACCACAUCGGAAGCAUCCCAGUCCCUCAGCAGACCUGAAGACUGGAGUAGACAUCAAAGAGUUCGCAGCCAGGAACUGCAGGACAGCGGCAGAGGCUAUCAGGCCAGCUACAAUGUUCCUCUUCGAUCCAUCAACUCUGUACCUAGUCUCCAUCUGGUGGCCCUGAACGCACCACUCAGAGGGGACAUGCGGGGGAUCCGUUGGGCUGACUUCCACUGCUACCAGCAGGCACGCUCAGUGGGGCUUACCUCCACCUACAGGGCUUUCCUGUCCUCACACCUCCAGGAUUUGGCAACCAUCGUGAGGAAGGCAGACAGCAAUCAUUUCCCUGUGGUCAAUCUGAAGGGUGACGUGUUGUUCAGUAGCUGGGCGUCUAUCAUAUCUGGUAGCGGAGGCAUUUUUGAUCCCUCUACACCCAUCUACUCCUUUGAUGGACGCAACGUGAUGACUGAUUCAGCAUGGCCAGAGAAGCUGGUCUGGCACGGCUCCAGCCCCGCGGGCAUCCGUCUGACCUCCAACUACUGCGAGGCGUGGAGGACGGCUGACAUGGCGGUGACAGGUCAGGCCGCGCUGCUGCAGACGGGCCUGCUGCUGGGACAACACGCCCGUUCCUGCUCCAACCACUACAUAGUGCUGUGUGUAGAGAACACAUAUGUAUGAAAUCCCAUCAAAGGAGGACCUGAUCACACACACUUACAUUAACACACUAACACACAUGCAGGCAUGUUGAAUGUGGGGUAAAAACAAAAACUGACACGUUUGGGGAACACUUGAAGGCACAUAAAGGUGUUAAAAAUAAAAAUAAAACACGAUUCCAUACACAUUUACAUUGUUUAAAUGUUUUUUCUCUCCAAUAUUUUAGUUCUCACCUGAAUACAGGUGUGAGAGGGCAGCUUAAACACUAGCCACACGUUUGUUUGUGUUUAGAUGUCUGGUAGUUGUAAUUUUUUAAGUAAAUAAAUUAGUGAUGCACCGAUAUGAAAUUUUUGGGCCGAUAUCCGAUAUUAAGAUCACUGUUAUGGCCGAUAACCAAUAUUUGCCGAUAUCGAUGUACUGACAUUAAUGCUUCUAAAAUCUGCAAAUUUUGUAUAGAAUAAAAUUUAUUAAAGCUGAAUUUACGUUGUUAUGUACACACAACACACACGUGAUGUGUAAUUGUUUACAAUUACACAUCACCUCUCACCCUCUGAAACAAGCAAACAAAUGGUGACAAGAUGGAAAAAAUAUCGGUUGAUAAUAUCGGCUCGUUUUGUUUUUUUCUCGGACCAAUACCGAUAUGUUAAAAAAUGACUAACAUUGGCCGAUACCGAUAUUGAUGCCGAUAUAUUGUCCAUCCCUAAAGUAAAUCAUACAAAUCAUACAAAUCUCAGAACUACAGACGAACAACAACAGUUUUAUAUUAAACUCAGCUGUUUUAAAGACCUAAACUAGUUCAUUUAGAGAUCUCACUUAAAGGUAAACCAGUUGAAAGUCUUUGGAAAUAAGUUUUAUUCUAAUAAUAAAAUUCUGGUCUACUUUAUCUUCCUAGUGAAAAGUGCACAGAAGUGAAAGUGUAUCCUUCAGAUACAAAAAUGUUUUUAACCUUAAUAUGUGUCUUAUAGUAAUGUGUAUGAGUGUAAACAAUGAUUAACUUGGUAAAUCAAACACACAGUGAUGUGAUAUAAAUGGAUCAUUGUAAGAACAAUAUUCAUUUCAAAUCCAUUGAUUUAAGCACAGGUUAUUCAAACGUUUCAUUUAAGCAUCUUGUUCAUUCAUCACAUAUGAUUAUUUUACUUAUAACUAUAAAAUUGUGGAGUCUUCACUUAUUCGGGGUGAAGAAUGUUGAUGUCUGGCUUUCACAGAGAGUGCAAGAACCUUGGGUGAGAAUGUUUGUUUGAAUGUUUUUUCUUCAUGGAAUGUCAACACACGCUGAGCAGAACCUUCUGGAUUCAGAAGGCCAAAUAGAAAGUGGAUUUAUGCUGUAGAUGAAAGAUCACUAUGUUGGUCAAUAUAUAUGUGAAAAUUGGCCCUUUUGGUACGUUACAAUGGUAAUCCAAAGGGGUUGGAAUGAAGGCAACUGGACUUCUUUCGUUCGUUGAAGAUGUUUCACUUCUCAUCCAAGGAACUUUGUCAGUUGCGGAAUUUUCUGGAAUCUCCUCAGAUCUGACAAAACUCCUCGGGUGAGAAGCGAAACAUCUUCAAGAAAACAAAGAAGUCCAGUUGCCUUCAUUCCAACCCAUAUGGAUUACAAAUUUAAAUAGAUUCAGAUUACAUUUUCAACAUUAACACGUCUGCUUGAGGAUUAAAGUUUAUAAAAUUAAUUUCCAGCGUAACAUAGUGGAAAGACAUGAGCAUGUUAUAUUUUAGAUAUUUGUUUCUGUCCAAUUUCUUUUCUUAAUAUCUAAGUAGUUAUUUUAUUAUGAAGCACACUAAAUGAUUGGGGAUUAUUUUAAUCCCACUUUGAUUGAGAUGUUCUGCCUGUAAUGAUGAUUGUUAGAAGCUGUAUUUUUUCUGUAUUGUUACCAUUUUCAUGUUCAAACAAAACUUGACUCUUUUUUUUAAGGCUUUUGCUGACUUACUGGUGCUCACUGAAUAAAGUGUUGUGUUCUUG